AUGGCUGAAGAUGGUUUGCCGAAAAUUUAUUCUCAUCCUCCAACAGAAAGCGGUAAAACAACAACUGAAGCAACCAUUUUCUUUGGGGCUGACAACACCAUUCCGAAAUCAGAAAAAAACAUUACUUCGGAAGGAGACCACAUUACUCCAGUAAAUGACUAUACCCUGGAAAGUGAUUUCUCAACAACAGACACCAAGCUUACAUCUCCAAAAGAAAAACUAAAAUCAGAAGAUAAUGUUGGCUCUCGUAUUAUUAAAUCAUCAACCCAUGUGGAAAAAGAAAUUGCUACUCUGACAGGCACGGUAAACUCAAUAGCUAAUGACUCUAUUACUGAAAAUUUAAUUCCAGUGAAAAUUGGUAAUAUCUCAUCACCGGGUGCAACUGUUUCUUUAAUAGAUUUUUCCACUAACAUGGCAAAAGAAGAUAUUCUCUUGGAUACCACUGACCCAGGGAAUGAAGAUGUCUCAAUAACUUCUGAAGUCUCUGGCACAUUAAAGGAAGGCACCACCAGCAUUGCAGACACCCCUAAUCUUCCAGCUAAGAAGGAUAAGCCUGAUGAUAACAAUUAUAGUAACUCAGUAAAAUCCAAUGUCACUGCUAAUGAGGCCAUCCAGAUCACCAACUCGUCUAUUCCUGAGGCUGAAAUCUCUACUGCUACUGAAAAAAAUUUCACUAUUCCAGACAUAAGUGCCCUUACAGAAGAGAAAAUAACUGAAAUUGACUUAAAUCUUCCAGAGAAUGACCCCAAUCCUGUGCCUGAACUAACUGACUCUGAUGAGGAAAAGUUCAUCACUGUGUUUGAACUCACUACCACUGUAGAAAGAGACAAAGAUAACCCUGACGAUAUUCUGCUAACCGAUGAAGAGUCUAUGGAUGAAGUCAAUGUUUGGAUGGAGAAAGAUAUCACAAAUGAAGCAGAGAACCAUCCCAUUUUGCUCACUGCUGUGGAAUCCAGAUAUGACUUUGUAAUCCCUACAUCAGUAGCUAUGAACCUCACGGAGGAUUCAUCUACCCUGACAAAUGAAGAUCUGUCUGAGAAUAAUGCAACAGAAUUUGUAACUAAGGGCAGCGCGCCACUUUCAGAAACUACCCCUGACCUAGAUACCCUAAGUCAUGAGGAAGAUGCCUUUACAACUGAAAUGGGUGUCUUUAAGUUACUGAAAGAAGAACCAGAUGAGUUCCUGAUUUAA